ACCACAGACAGAUAGCACGAAGGAAGAGCCAGAGGGAGUGAGGAAAAAGAAGUCAGUCGCUCCUGAGGAAGGGAGAGAGUGAGACAGGCUGGGAGAAGGAGAACAGAAAGUGUGUGUAAACGGAGUAAAGAAGGGAAACAACUACCCUUAAAGCACAUUUUAAAAACUCUGGCAAUUCUAGAAAGAAACAGGCUACGUUUCUGAACAUAGAGACAAUGAAAAGCUAAAGAAAAUUUUGCAAUCUCUGCCACAGUCUCAUAGGUGCUUGGAAAUGAAAGUAGAACUGCCUGUCUUUAACCGACUCUGAGAGGGGUAACUGGAUUAGGGACGGGUACGCCAGUUUUUUUUUUUUUUUUUAAACAUCUUAAAUCCUGAAAAAAAAAAAAAAAAAAAAAGCAGCAGCUCCGAAUUGAAUGAAUUGAUGGGCACACUCCAACUGCUGGGCUGGAGAGACUGGACUUGGUCUUGCCAUUUCUGCUUCUUUGAAAAAGGAGACAACUUGGGCUUCCUUUUAAUUUAGUUUUUCUCCUUCUCCCCCCACCCCCCACCGCCCCCCUCCCCUCCCCCACCCCCUCAAUCACCACCCCCCUUUUAAAUAAGAGGGUGAAGGGGAACCAGAGCGCACAAGGCAACUGACCCAGGAGGCAGAGAAGAUGGGCAUCCUCAGCGUAGACUUGCUGAUCACACUGCAGAUUCUGCCAGUUUUUUUCUCCAACUGCCUCUUCCUGGCGCUCUAUGACUCGGUCGUUCUCCUCAAGCACGUGGUGCUGUUGCUGAGCCGCUCCAAGUCCACUCGCGGGGAGUGGAGGCGCAUGCUGACCUCAGAGGGAAUGCGCUGCAUCUGGAAGAGCUUCCUUCUCGAUGCCUACAAACAGGUGAAACUGGGUGAAGAUGCUCCCAACUCCAGUGUGGUGCAUGUCUCCAGUCCUGAAGGAGACGACAGCGGUGGACAUGGUGCCCAUGAGAAAGCGGUUGAUGGAGCUGAGUGCCACCUUCUUGACUUUGCCAGCCCUGAGCGCCCACUGGUGGUCAACUUCGGCUCAGCCACUUGACCUCCUUUUACUAACCAGCUGCCAGCCUUCAGCAAACUGGUGGAAGAGUUCUCAUCAGUGGCUGACUUCCUGUUGGUCUACAUUGAUGAGGCUCAUCCUUCAGAUGGUUGGGCGGUGCCUGGGGAUUCUUCUUUGUCUUUUGAGGUGAAGAAGCACCGGAACCAGGAAGACCGAUGUGCGGCAGCCCACCAGCUAAUGGAGCGUUUCUCCUUGCCACCCCAGUGCCAAGUUGUGGCUGACUGCAUGGACAAUAAUGCCAAUGUCGCUUAUGGGGUAGCCUUCGAACGUGUGUGUAUUGUGCAGAGACAGAAAAUUGCUUAUCUGGGAGGAAAGGGCCCCUUCUACUACAACCUUCAAGAAGUCCGGCGUUGGCUGGAGAAGAAUUUCAGCAAGAGAUGAAAGCUAGAUUAGCUGGUUAAAGGUAUGAUUGUAAUAGAGAUUUUUUUUUUUUAAAUUAUGUAAAGACAAGGAAACUAAGAACUGAAUCCACUAUUUCAACUGAGUCCCAUUGUCUCACUGAAAGACAGGAAUUUACGUGUCAGAAGAACCUAAACCUCUAACAUCCGUGAUACUACUUUCACCACUUAAAUGGCUUUUGGCUAAAUAGUAGCCCCGUUACUUCUCUUCCUGGUGAAAAGCCCUGAAUGAAAAGAUCCCAAGAUGGAGAGGAAGAAACAUUGUUUCAGCAUGUGUUCCUUUCUGCCCUGAAAAAGAAGUGAUACCUCUGAUGCAUGCCUUGGGACCUGAAGGAAAGACUUACCUGAGUAACUCUACCAUCCUUGUUAGUAUACGGGGUAUUGCUUAGGCUUUCUUCAGCAUGGAUAGAGCCCAACUGGAUAAUUCCCAAAUGUUUACUUAUAAUGAAUCUUCAAGCCCAGGCCAUGUGGUUAGGACCUUGGUGUUUAACAUGUCAGAAUAGUCUCUGAUCUUCUAGUUUCUAGCCAUGUGGUGCUCUAUGCCAGUCUAAAUAUCCCAGAACUCGCAGCUAUAUUUGCAGAUACCAAGAAUGGUCCCCACCUGGAGGGUUAGAAUGAUCAUCUGAUAUCUGAUGGUUACUUUCUAGGCAGGUGGGGAAAGCGCUAGAAGAAAAUCGAAUUGACAAGCUAGGAAAAGGAGGCGGCAGAAAGAUUAGGAGGCUUCAUAGUGCCUCACCUUGCAACUGUAGAGAGUGGGACUAAUUUGUUAGUCACAGAAACAUGGAAACAUACACAAAACUAGAAAAAGAAGAAACUCCACUAAAAUAGCAUCAAGAAUAUACAUAUGAAAUCAAUGUAUUUAUCAUAUACUCCUAGAUCGAGGAGAAGGAGCGAUUGAGAGGGAAGAGACACGCUUUAAUAUUUGUAUUACUUUUUGAAACAUGUUUGUGGUGUGUACAUUUUCAGUAGGUGAAUUAUACCCCAUGAAAGGUAAAACCAGUGGGUCCAGUGGUGCUGGUCUAUCCUUCUCCAUCCCUACGAUUUUGCUGUGGUCCCACUCCUUCUUGGUCUCGGUCUCUAUGGCAGUGUUCUUUGAAUGCUGAGCUCAGCAGUAUAUAUUGUAUAUAUACACAUUCUCAGCUGCUGUGGGAUGUAGGUUCCCUGGCCAUUCAGCUGCAGCACUGUUUUUCUCCCAAAGUAGGUGAAGUAUAAUGAAUGAUAGGUGAAAACAAACAAGGUUUCUUCAGGAGCAAAACGGAAGAAGAGAAAGUUUGAGACAAUUCCCAUCAAUGAUUUUGGAGGCUUUGCUAUAAGGCAAUCCUCAGUACCAUGGAAUUUGGUAAGAUGGAAUUCCCAUUAAUAUUUGAAUUUGGACUUGGGUUUUCCUUUGUUCCUCUUAGCUGAGGUGUAGUAGUCUAAGGCCUCUAUAGUACAUUUUUAUAAUGCUAUUUUAAUAUAUACCAUAUUUCUCUUUAAAAUGAAGAUACUAUAGUUUUACUCAUAACUAAUAUAAGUAAUAACUAAUAUCCUAACCUCCAAAAGAAUAGACCAACCAAUUUUGUAUAUUAAUUUUUUUAUUGUAAAUUUGAGGAUGUUAUCAAAUCACAGUAUAUGGCUAUAUUUAUAUGUACAAUCAAAGGUUCCUAUGACCAUUCCAUUAAUAAUUGAAUCAUAAAAUAAAACUAAUAGAAAAGGAUAUCUAAAAUUGAAAAUAUCUUCCUGAACUAGUUGCCUGAAAUGAGAAAAAAGUGGGAACUGAGUGUACCAGAACCAAAAGUCUAUUUUUUUUAAAUGGAGCAACGUAAUAGUCAUAUCACUACAUAGUUUGUUGUUUAGAUAUUAAAGCACCAUUUUAACUGAUUAUUUUUAACUGCAACAUUUAAGUUUCCCACUGUUCUAAAUUCUACAAAAUGCGCCCACAAAGAAACAAAUUUUGAAAAUGUGACAUUAUCUAAUGAAUUUCUGGAAAAUCACAUUGAGAAUAGAUUCUUUCUGAGUCCUCAAUAGUUAAACUCUGUAACUCAAGGCUUAUCGGUGGACCCCAUUGAUUUUUAUCUUCAAAAUGGUGUUGAGAUUUAUGUGGUACCCAGGAGAAGAAAAAUGAAGAAUUGGUGGCAGCCCACUCACACUGUUGUCCUUAAAAUUCCCCUUUGUUCUACAUGUACAAUAAGGGAACAGGAUGUUAGAGAUGCUGGUGGGGGGAUGAGAUUUGGCUAAGGCAGGCAGUGCUAGUUGUCUGGAGAAAAGGAGGAUGGGAAAACUACCCAACUGUGAUACAUUUUUAAAGAAAGAGAAGGUUGUGUGUGUGCAAUUCUUCUCCCUGAGGAUAGGGCAAUGGAGAAGUGAAGCAGCGGAAGUAAACAUACAGAGGCAUAGGCUGACUAUCAGGGACAAAGAUAUGUUCAAUGGAACAUAGAAGAGUUACUGGAAGAAAGGCUUUAGGGGGCCAGAAGAGAAAGUAAAUUGACAAAGCUCAGGAAUCCUACAAUAUGUAGAAUGGCUUGGUGUUAUCAGAGUUAGGAUAAGCCUAUAAUUAUAUAACUUAUUUAUCUCAUCAUGAACUUUUAUGAUUUCCUGUGGUGUAUCUUUUAUGAACUUAACAACAACUCAUUAUUUGAGAUAGAGGAGAAUCAAUGUUUAGCUGGUAUGUUCAGAGAAAUUAUUAGAUUGUCAAUACCCACCCUACCUACCCUAUCUUUUAUAAGGUAUGUUCCUUUGAAGAAUUGUAGUUCCUCUUCUCACAAGGCAAAAUUUAUAAGUUAUAUAUAUAUAAACUUAUACAUUAUAAGCUUAUAUAUAUAAACAUAUAUAUAUAUGAUUUCUUCUUUUUAAUGCCUAAACAUUUGCCCCCCACCCCAUAGGCUAUGUUUACAUAGAGCUAUCAGUUUAGUCUUUUAAACUGGAUUAGCUUGUCCAUUAUAGAAAUAGUUUCCAAGCAAUUUUAGGUAUUAUUAUAGCAUCUGGAUUUACUCAGACAUUUAGUGUUUGAAAGAUUUAUGUCUUGGAACUAUUCAAAACUUACUUUAUUUUAUUGCUUAGAGAAAAUGUUAGUGGAAUCAAGAAUGACUUUCUUGAAUGGGCAUGAAUGAAAUGUCUGCACGGUAGGGCAGAAGUGUUUGAUACAGAUGUUAAAAUGUAACUGACCUCUUUAGAAGCAGUUUAGUAAUGCUGUUCUUGCUUUGUAUAGCUAAAGUUAGUCAUUUAACUCAUAUGACUUUCGAUCUCUGGUCCUUUGUCUUCACUUUGUUUAUAGAAUGUACCCCUGAUUUUUGGUAACAUCAACUUUGAAAUGGUCUGUUGAUUUAGUUAAGUUCUCCUACCAUUAACCAGGAAAUGCCGAUUCUGUGAUCAAGGAGAGAAGAAAGGCCUGCUGUCUUUCAUUUUGCCUGAGUGUAUUUCACUUUUUGGGCUCUUGAAUAAAAAUUAUGAAAUAUGGUGAGGUCAUGCAUGGGUGCUGCCUUGAUGCAUAAAAUACCAGAGAGGUAGGUUAAAGGCAAUGUCUACGCCUUUUGGAAAACUCCCAGCUGGAUACAAGGUACCCUCAGCAUGCACUAUGGGCUAUGUCCACAGCAAGAAGAAUGCACUGAUGUGCAGGACUUCCCAUUCUGUAAACCAUAAGAGGAUAAACAUGGACAUUUAUUCUACCUAAUUUCUUACUGAUGGUUGGAAGAUAAGCUUAAUUAGAAUCACAUGGCCAUUGCAAAAGGGAAAAUGUAGACACUAACUUCUGUCCCACUGAAGAAUUAAUAAAAACCUUUACCAGCAUUUAGAGCUUUUCAGAAUAUACCCAAUGUUAUGUCUCUGAGCAGUGGAGAUUAACAGUAAGUUUUUUAAUUCCAGGAGUUUUUUUUAAAAAAUGAUACUGCCAAAAAUCAGAGCUAAAAUGUUUUUAGUUAUAUUACAACCUCCUCUGUACUUCUUCCUUUAUCUUAAAAAUAGAAGCUAAACCCAGUCUUCCUGUGUAAGUCCAGAUGGGGCAUAAUUACCAACCUCUGCUUGGUGACCCACACUGUCUUGGUAGUGUCCUGAGGUCCCCUAUGAAAGAAGGGGGACAGGGACUUGGAGAUUCAGGAAGUUGCUAACUGGGAAGAACUAGGCCCUGAGGGCUUGGUCUACUGAUCCUGGAAGAUUGGAAAAGAAACUUCUCACCUUUGGAGGAGGGCUGAUGAGUGUCAUUGAGUGACUUUAGCAAAACAUUGGGCCACUUCCUAAUGCCUUAUGUUCUGGAUAGCACUAGAAGCAAGGUCUCAGACUUAAGAUCCAGUUCUGUUCCAAGGUGAGUCUGAACCAAUAGAAAGCAAACAUGUACAGAUCUCCACACAAUACUGCUCAUGCAAGUUGGGGCUCUCUGCCCAUCGUGGGCAGCUGCACUAGAACUCCAGGGAGUUCAUUUAAUAUUUGCUGCAGAGACUUCGAAGACCCAGGAGAUGUUUAAUGAAGUCACUAUUUUGGCACAAAACUCCCCUUUUCCCCCCAAAAAGCAAAUAGGUGAACACAUAAAUGAAAGAAGCCCACAGAAGGGAGUGGCAAAGAAAUAAAAUUCUUUCAAGACUUCUCCAGGCCAUGUCACUGGUCGGUGCAGUUUUUGUGUGUGUUAAGAUUGGAAGAUGUGAAGACAUACGUAUCCAGUACUUUAUAACCAAAGCAAUUAAAAGAUAUUGGGUAGGGAACGUUGGCCAGUUUUGUUUAAAUUUGCGUCACAUUAUCACCAGACUCUAUCACCAGCCCAAGUAAUCGGGCGCCCAAACAGGGAGAUUGGGAUGUGCAGAGGUUACUAGUGUGCAAAUGAUAACUACUGACGAAAGAGUUAUCGGCUCAGUUAGUGGUUGGAUAUAGUCACAUUCGUUUGCCUCUGCCCAUCUUUGCCUCCCUAGCAAGGAGAAUAUUCGGGGCAUGAUGCUGAGUACUGGGUAAAUGUGGUGAGAAUGUGUGUGUGUGUAUCUCUGCUUCUUAGCUGCAGAAACAGAAAUGCUUUGGAGAUAUCAGUAGAAAUCAGUUAUUAUAUUGGUGCUGAGUGGUACAUGUGCUCUUAAAUUUGUUCUUGUAUUUUAAUAAACUUUGAAUAAAA